GUCCAAGGCUUGGAUAUUUCUUGUGGUGCGCUUACCAGCGGUUGCAGGAUUUAUCAAAUCAUGAAAUUGUUCCUUCGAAUUGUCUAGCCAGAUACCAGACUCUUGGGACCCGUAAGUGGCAAUAGACCAACGAUGACAGUCGAAUGAUAGAGUCCCAUGCACUCUCGUUAGCUGCAUGGCGGGGGCGCACUGACAGAGGGGCACAGCAACCCUGUGUCUAUCAGGCCCAUGCUGUGCUCCGGCCGCAUUCAUGGAAUUAUAUGAGGGGUCGCUCAGAAUGGCCAGCGCAGGUUGUGCGGUCGUUCAUUUUCUACUUUAAUUUCUCGGCUUCUCCCACGCCUGGCCGCCUGCACGAUCACAGGUCACUGUCAGCGAUACGGGACUCUCUUCCUAGUCAAAGUCGAAAAAUCUCAAACCUCUCGAGAUGGCCCUCGAUACACGCGCAAGCCUGGAGGCCACCAAGGGCGCGAGCGCAAUUGAACCCAUUGCCCUGGACAUCAGCACUCCGAGCUCGAUCAUCGAGGAAGAUGAGCAUCUUUUGGGCCCUUUCCCCACAGAGGAAGAGUGGGCCACUCUUCCUCGUGUCGCUGGUUCUAUUCCUUGGACCGCUUGGACUGUAGCCUGUGUCGAGUUUGUGGAACGCUUCAGCUACUACGGUACCAGUGCAGUUUUUGUCAACUUCAUACAAAAACCUCUUCCUCCUGGCUCUAAAACCGGUGCUGGCUUCUUGAAGAAGCCAGGUUCUGGUGCCUUGGACAUGGGACAGCGUGCAUCAACUGGCUUAACUCAGUUCAACCAGUUCUGGUCUUACUUCACGCCCCUCUUCGGUGCCUGGCUCGCCGAUGAGUAUUGGGGUCGCUACAAGACUAUUCAGUACGCUAAUCUCGUCGCGGUCAUCGGGCAUAUCCUGCUCAUAUUUUCUGCGAUCCCCCAAGUCAUCACGAAGCCAAACACUGCCAUCGGCAUAUUCUCUGUCGGACUGGUCAUCAUGGGUAUCGGUACCGGUGGCUUCAAGUCGAACAUUUCACCAUUGAUUGCCGAGCAGUACAAAAACCGGAAAGCGUACGUUCGCACCAAGAAGAACGGUAACAAGGAGAUCGUGGACCCAGCCACCACAGCUGCCCGUAUCUACAUUUACUUCUACUUCCUGAUCAACUGCGGGUCGCUCACUGGCUCCCUUGCGAUGGUGUACUCGGAGCAUUUUGUGGGUUUCUGGCUAUCGUUCACGCUGCCAACAUUCUGUUAUCUUCUGUGCCCGCUCAUUCUCGUCUUCUUCAAGAAGCACUACAAGUUGACGCCGCCCACUGGUUCAGUCUUUGGAAAGGCAUUCAAGCUCAUUCGAUUGGCCGUGAAAAACUCCUCCCGGAAGAAUAUCUGGAAAGACGAGCACUUUUGGGAGCGCGUCAAGCCGAGCGCGUUGCAGGCUAAUGGAAAAGAUGUCCCUUCUUGGAUGAGUUUCGAUGACGCGUGGGUCGACGAAGUUAGACGUGGUGUAGUUGCCUGCAAAGUUUUCGUGUGGUACCCGCUUUACUUCCUCGCCUAUAACCAGAUGCUCAAUAACCUUGUGUCUCAAGCCGGCACUAUGAACCUAGGUUCCACCCCUAACGACAUUGUUGCUAAGCUAAACCCGAUUUUCAUCAUCAUCGUUAUUCCCAUCAUGGACUUCAUCGUCUACCCUGGUCUUCGCAAGGCAGGCAUUGUAUUCUCCCCCAUCAAGAAGAUCACCGCUGGUUUCGCACUAUCCUCUCUGGCCAUGGUCACAGCCUGCGUCAUUCAGUACUACAUUUACAAGAUGUCGCCAUGUGGAAAGCAUAUCAACGCACUAAGCAAGACUCGCAAAGACUGCAACGCAGACAUUUCUGUCUGGGUACAAGUCUUCCCCUACGGUCUAAUUGGAAUGUCUGAAGUUCUUGCUUCCAUUACCAAGCUCGAAUACGCAUACACCAAAGCUCCCACCAACAUGAAAUCGACCGUUCAAGCCAUUGCUCUUUUCACCUCUGCAGUAUCCUCUGCGCUUGGCCAGGCGCUCGUCUCCCUCUCCGAAGAUCCUCUGCUUGAAUGGAACUACGGCGCCGUGGCUGUCGUUGCCAUGUUCGGUGCUGUUGGCUUUUAUCUCACCUUCCGUAAGGCUGAUAAGCAGGAGGAUGCUUUGAAUGCCCUGAAGACAUCUGCUUACGUUGGAAACAAGACCGGAGAUAUUGAAAAUGAAGCUAGGGGUGAAGUCACCGCGAAGAAUGAAAAGCACGAGAAAUCUGGUUUGAACUAGGAAUAUAGGAGAUUC